AUGGGGAUUUCGAUGAGUCGCCUUGUGGACCUUCCCAUUCUGGGAGCGGGCAAAGGCUUAUCAAUCAGGCAGCCAAAAGAUUCCCAAUUCAUAACACUUUCUUAUUCAACAAACUUCCCAAUGCAAUCAUCAUUAACUUUCCUAUUCCCAAAAACCCCAUCAGCAGCUUCCUUGGCACGCGCCCUUAAUCUCUCCCCUUCCUCCGAAACCAUAGCUUUCCUCAAAGAACUCGCAACGCCAUACCUCGUAAAAGUUCCAUCUUCGUCCCUCUCGACCUCCAUGGCCAAUCCCUUGUCCACCAUCAGCCUCGCGUUUAGCGGCUGGUCAAUCACAAACGGCAAAAGCACAAGACAAUGUCCGUAUAUAGCCGUCUCUAUAAUGGAUCCCCACCCCGAAUGGAACAGAGAGCCCCCUAUAGAUGGAUGCCUGAGGAUCUCUCUCUGUGGGGCCCACCCUUCGGUAUGA